UUCUAUUUGUCUUUGUUUACAUUUUAUCAAGGGGGCAGUAGAACACCUGAGAAUAUAUCAUCAACGUCAUAGUUUGAGCCAAAAGAAGUAACCUUUACAAAUUCAUAAAUUAUUAUUUGCUUACAAAUCUGGGCUAUAUGAAAGGUGUGUGAAACAAUGAGAGGUGGGAACAACAAGAGCAGCAAGGUUUUUUCUUUUGAAACAAAGCCAAAAACAAAACUCAUUUUGAUUCUUCAUGUCAUUUUAAUGUUUCAAGUGUGAGAUUUACUGAUUGGUUUAAGUGCUUUUUUGGCUGAUUAUGAAGCUUUCAUGGAAGACAUUGGUGAAGAAAUGGUUCAAUAUCAAGAGUAAAGCUGAGGACUUUGAUGCUGAUGAUGUUGAUUAUAGAGGUGUUGAUGAAGGUAGGAGGCACCAAUUUUCAGAGAAGGAGCCAUGCACCAUCAAGAAAAGUAGAGCAGAGAGAUCGAGCAAGAGGUAUUCGCAUCAAGCUGGGCAAGGCAAAACCGAUAUUGAUGGUUCGCAGUUUACUGAUGUGCAUAAUUAUAGGAUUUUUGUAGCUACAUGGAAUGUGGCUGGGAAAUCUCCUCCUAGUUAUUUGAAUCUUCAAGAUUGGCUUCAUACUUCUCCUCCCGCUGAUGUUUACGUUCUCGGUUUUCAAGAAAUUGUCCCUUUGAAUGCUGGUAAUGUGUUGGGAACGGAAAACAAUGGACCGGCUAGGAAAUGGCUAACUCUCAUUAGGAAGACGCUGAAUAGUCUUCCUGGCAGCAGUGGUUGUUGCCACACACCUUCACCGAUCCCCGAUCCGCUUGUGGAACUGGAUUCGGACUUUGAAGGAUCGACAAGCCAGAAAGUUUCGUCUUUCUUUCACCGCCGGUCGUUUCAAUUCUUGAGCCGUAACAUGGAGAUGGAUAACGACAUGGCAAUGCCGCAACCACAGCUUGACCGCCGCUUCAGUGUCUGCGAUCGUGUUAUCUUUGGACAUAGACCUAGUGAUUGUGACACUAAUUUCAGAUGGGGUUCCUCUGAUGAUGAAAACGGACCAGGGGAUUCACCAGGGAAUACUCAAUAUUCUCCAACGACCUAUGGUAGAUCUUUUGCCAUGGAGGAAACCAAUAGACAGAUGGGGCAUUCAAGGUACUGUCUGGUUUCCAGCAAGCAAAUGGUCGGGAUAUUUCUAACCGUUUGGGUGAAGAGUGAUCUUCGAGAUAAUGUUCGCAACAUGAAAGUGUCCUGCGUCGGCAGAGGAUUGAUGGGUUAUCUUGGAAACAAGGGAUCCAUUUCUAUUAGCAUGUCUUUGCAUCAAACUAGCUUCUGCUUCGUCUGUAGCCAUUUAACAUCCGGGCAAAAAGAGGGCGAUGAGCUGCGAAGAAACUCCGAUUUUAUGGAGAUCCUAAGGAAAACAAGAUUUCCCAGGGUUCAUGGCAUCGAAGAUGAGAAUUCUCCCCAAACAAUUCUUGAGCAUGAUCGUAUUAUAUUGCUUGGGGAUCUGAAUUAUCGGAUUGCUCUGUCAUACCGUUCUGCAAAAGCUCUGGUCGAGAUGCGCAAUUGGAAGGCGCUGUUAGAGAAUGACCAGCUUCGGAUAGAACAGAGGCGAGGCUGUGUUUUCGAUGGAUGGAGUGAAGGAAAAAUAUAUUUCCCUCCUACAUACAAAUAUUCUAAUAAUUCAGACAGAUAUGCCGGAGAGGAUAGACACCCAAAGGAGAAGCGAAGGACUCCUGCAUGGUGUGAUCGUAUACUGUGGUAUGGAAGAGGCCUAUAUCAGCUAUCUUAUGUACGUGGGGAAUCAAAGUUCUCAGAUCAUAGGCCUGUUUAUAGUGUAUUUUCGGUCGAGGUUGAGACUAUUAACAAUAGUCGAAUGAGGAAAAGCAUGAGUUGUUCCAGUGCCAGGAUCGAGGUUGAAGAGCUGUUGCCACAGCCACACAGAUAUACCGAACUCGGUUUCCUUUGAGAGAAUCUUUAACAAUUCAUAUUUCCAUGCUGUAACUCACGGAAACCGCAACAGGAUCAAGUGCGCAUUUGUACAAGCUGUUAACAGGAUAUCAUGAUGAAAGUGUGAUUCGCAUUCACUCUGGAAUUCUUACCGUUCUCUCUUUCGCAACCA